AUGUGUGGUGUAGUUUGCAGAAAGAGCAGCACAUGGAUGACCCUUGCAGCUCGGUUUGUUGUUGUGAUCCAAACACCAUGGUCCAGUUUUUGCGAUUGCCCUCAACAUUGCAUUCUUGCAAGCAGUAGUCCCACACUUGGCUUAAAUCUAACUGGAGAAGGAACAAAAUCCCAAUACUGGAUUGCUACGGCCCAAUUUGGUAGUUCCUCUAUCCUGGAAUUAGGAAGCGAUCCGGUGUACUCAAUUGAACGCCUUUGCGAAGAGAAUGAUGCGGUUAUUUUAGCAGUUCGGGCAACAAAGCCACGAGACCUACCUGUUCCAGGACGUGAGCUCUCAGGUGUGCAUUUUGCAAUGGAAUUUCUACAUGCGAAUACUAAAAGCUUAUUGGAUAGCAAUCUUGAAGAUGGAAACUAUAUGAGAGGAACCAAACAUAGCGCAUUGUACUCUCAUUUAUUUUCUAACUAUAACAAUAUACUUCCAUUUUCUUAA